GAGAAAGUUGUAUCUUCAAGGAGUGGAACAGAUCAUUUAGUAAUCAAUCAAUUAAUCUUUAUUACAGUCACAGACCAGUAUUAGCAUUUAGUAAUGACAUUUUUUUAAGGAGCAAGUAAAAUAUUCCACAGCAAUGGAAAUUGAUAAAAUACCAUAUUCACACAGGAUUGUUUCUGACUUACCCUGUUAGGUGUAAGAAUAUUUCUGUAUCUUACUGGAAUUCCUACUGGAUGCUGCCUUCUGAUGUUUGUGGAAGGAACUGCUUUUGGGAAACUGCCCAUAGAUAUGAUUUUCCAAGGCCUCAGCUUUCUGAAAGAAUGCAUUUGGCGGUGGUAGCCUGUGGUGAAAGAUUGGAGGAAACUGUUACUAUGUUGAAAUCAGCUAUUAUUUUCAGCAUCAGAAGUCUUCAGUUUCAUAUUUUUGCUGAGGAAUCAUUACAGAGUGACUUCAGAGAAAUACUUGAUAAUUUGGCACAUAAUGAAAAUUUUAAUUAUACUCUGUACCCUAUCUCAUUUCCAACUGAGAACGCAGCAGAAUGGAAGAAAUUGUUCAAGCCCUGUGCUUCUCAAAGACUUUUUCUACCAUUAAUCCUCAGUAAUGUGGACUCUCUACUAUAUGUUGACACAGACAUCUUGUUCUUAAGACCAGUUGAUGAUAUCUGGUCUUUCCUGAAAAAAUUCAACUCUACUCAGAUUGCUGCUAUGGCACCAGAGCAUGAAGAACCUCGUAUUGGGUGGUAUAAUCGUUUUGCUAGGCACCCAUAUUAUGGAAAAACUGGAAUCAACUCUGGAGUAAUGUUAAUGAACAUGACCCGCAUUAGAAGAAAAUAUUUCAAGAAUGAUAUGACAUCAGUACGAUUACAUUGGGAAGAAAUUCUCAUGCCACUGCUGAAAAAAUACAAGUUGAAUAUAACAUGGGGUGAUCAGGAUCUUUUGAAUAUUAUGUUUUUUCAUAAUCCUGAAAGCCUUUUUGUUUUUCCUUGUCAAUGGAACUAUCGGCCCGACCAUUGUAUUUAUGGGAGCAAUUGCAAGGAGGCAGAAAAGGAAGGAAUAUUCAUUCUUCAUGGAAAUAGAGGAGUUUACCAUGAUGAUAAGCAGCCAACAUUUCGUGCUGUUUAUUAUGCAAUUAAAAAUUAUUCGUUUGAAGACGACCUUCUACAUGCAUUGCUUCUACCUCUUGAAGAGGAAUUACAAAAGACACAACAUACCUACUGUGGAAGAAUAUACAAAGUGUUCAUAAAACAACUCACAAAAAGUAUAAGGGACCUUAGUAACAGAAGAACUAAGGAAAGGUGAUCAUUGCAAGUUCUGCUGUCCAGACUUUUGAACUGAACAGACCAAUGUAGGAAAAUAUUUGAUACCUGAAGGCUGUUCCUACAGAAAUGGUGUGCUCUAAUAUGUUGUUAUUUGAAGUUUGCAUUAUCUCCCAUUGAGGACAAAAUGAAGAUAGUGAGCAUGUUAGGUAUCUACAAGUUGAAGGUUGAAAAUGAUGAUGAAGCAUAGCUUGUGAAACCACAUGUAUCAUACAUCAGUGGUCCCCAACCUUUCCACCUUGGCAGCCUGGCCCAGCAUGGGAGAAGGCAUGUGAUCAGCAGGCACAUGCAUGCACGUAGAUACAGCUGUAUUGGUGUGGGCACAUUCCCUCCACUCGCACAAAUGGAGCUUUGCAUGCAACCGGAGGGUGCUUCAGUGGAGGGUGUUUCUGUUCGCGCGCAAAGCUUCACUCACAUGAGUGGAGGGCACUUGUGCUUGCAUACAAAACUCCACUUGCACAAGUAGAGAAUGCUCAUGCGCAAAGCUCCAUUCACAUGAAUGGAGCUUCGUACACAAGCACAAGCACCCUCCACUCAAGUCCCUUCCACUCUGUGAGUGGAGCUUUGCACAUGAGCAAAAGGGUUCGCUGCUUGCGCAAGUGCAGUUUCGCGCGCACAUGCUUGUUCGCUACUCACACAAGUGCUGCUUCGUGCAGGCCACGGCCCAGGAGUAGGCUGCAGCCCAGGGUUUGGGAACCUCUGUCUUAAAUACUUGCAUCUAACAUUGGGUUACAAGUUCAGAAAGGCUAGGAUUUGCUUAGUGAUAUCACAGUGAAUGGGGAUUGGUUAUUAUGUUUUGUACCAUAAUACUUUAUGGGCUUAUCUUGAAUUGUUCUUUGCAGAAUUGUUUUUUAACUUAGUAGGGAUCUUUGAAGUUGAAUUAGUACAUGUUACUGCAGUGAGUUAGGAGAGCUAUAUUUGUAUUCAGGUUUAUUCUUUAUAAUUCAAUUCAACAAACCUGCAAAGAAUCAGAUAAAUUUGAAGGGGUUUACGUUUUAGGAAUGGCAAAAUAUAUUAUCAUCUCUAAUCUCAAUUUUACUUAACUAAAUGAAAGAAUAAUUAAGUCAGCACUGUAUCCACUUUAAAAGUGUAAGAAUACGUUGUUUACAAAGCUCACAAGUUACUUCGUUUUAAAGAAAUAUGUGAUGAUUGACAAUCUAUACGCCUUUGUUUUCAUGUCUUAUACUUUAAAAGAUUUGACAACCAUGUUUUACACAUAUUCAGCUGUAAACUGCACAUGACAAUAGAAUGUUCACUCUAUGCAAUAUUACUUAAUGGAAAUAAAUUUAAGCUUUUCAGUAUUUUCAUUAUGUAUUGCUAUAAAUAAUUCAUUAACAUGAUAUUCUACGACAGUUCUGAAUUGUAAUUUUUCUCACUUCCAGUCUGCAUGGCCAUAGUGGAGAACAUCGGGUACUAAUAAGCAACAAUGUACAUCUAAGGAACCUUAUGGCAGAAUAAAAUGUUUGGGAUGGUCAUAUUCACUAGAUCUUCAUAUAUUUCUCCUAUAUUUCAAUAAUGAACCAC